AGUUUAAAAAUAGGGACGUCAGACCGAAACAAAUGUACAGAAAAACUACAAUAUGUGGGACGCCUUCGGUCUAAAGGGCCGUCUUGACUUUUCAUACGGCAGGUGAAAUAAAAGCACACAGAUAUGUGUGUGUCAGUCUGAGCGAGGACAGAUUCCCAAUGGGUGACAGCAGGUGCUGUAACGGUGUCCAGCAGAAAGGAAAGAUGUUGUCUGAUGCUCAGCUCUUUGAUGGGGCGUUUGAAAAGCUGGUGUCUGAACUUACUGAGCAGGAUUUCACUGAUCCAGUUCUCACUGAUGCCCUUAACAGACUCAGAGAGGUGCUUCGGUACAAUGCCCCUGGAGGCAAGAGAAACCGGGGAUUGUCUGUGAUUGGUUCUUUACGGGAGUUGGUCUCUCCCUCUGAACUGCCACCUGAUGAAGUUCACAGAGCCCUUUUGGUUGGAUGGUGCAUUGAACUGCUUCAGGCAUUUUUCUUGGUGGCUGAUGACAUCAUGGAUGCAUCCGUGACAAGAAGGGGUCAACCCUGUUGGUAUAAGAAGGAAGGUAUUGGUCUGGAUGCCAUUAAUGACGCUUUCCUCCUGGAGGGGGCGAUCUACCGCCUUCUUCGCAGACAUUGCAGAGGACAGCACUACUAUGUCCAUCUGCUUGAGCUUUUUACUGAGACCUCUUUCCAGACAGAGCUGGGUCAAGCUCUAGAUCUGAUGACUGCACCUCCACACAAAAUCGACCUUGAUCGCUUUACUAUGGAGAGGUACAGAGCCAUUGUAAAAUACAAGACCGCAUUCUACUCUUUUUAUCUCCCUGUGGCUGCAGCCAUGUACAUGGCAGGGAUUGAGAAUGAGACUGAACACAACAAUGCCAAAACAAUUUUACUUGAGAUGGGAGAGUUCUUUCAGAUACAGGAUGACUACCUGGAUUGCUAUGGUGAUCCUGCAGUAACUGGAAAGAUCGGCACAGAUAUACAGGACAACAAAUGCAGCUGGCUGGUGGUGACCGCACUGGGCAUCAUGACACCUCAACAAAGGGCAGAACUAGAGGCAUGCUAUGGGCGUAGUGAUGCUGAAAGUGUUGAAAGGGUCAAGGCUUUGUAUGAUACUCUGGAAAUGCCUGUUCGAUACUAUCAACAUGAGGAGGAGAGCUAUCACCGCCUUCAAAAACUCAUCCAGCUUCAUGCCAAGAAUCUGCCUCAUGCUGUUUUUCUUAAUUUUGCCAAGAAAAUAUAUAAGAGAAACAAAUGAGGUGUGGUUCAGAGAAUUGGAGGGACUUGACAAAGGAGUUGAGUAAUUUUAGGCACACUGACUUGGGUCAAAUAAAUAUGCAGUGAGGGAUUUUAGUAUUUUGAGUAAAUAUGAAAACAGUAGAUUUUAACAGCACUUUAAAUAUAUUGUCAAGAAUUUAUAUACAUUAAAAAAAAAAGUCUAGUUAUGUGUCAUCAUUAUUUGUUUUUCCCCUUUUUAUUCUUACAGCAAAAAUGCAAUCGGCUGAUUCAGAGGUCAGGCAUUGUACACAUAGACAACUCACAACAUCUGUCAGUGUUUAAAUUGAGGUACAUAUGUAUAAACCAUAUAUUUUCAACAUCUUUGGAUGAACUAGAAAGAGUAAAGAAGGAAGGGAAAAAUGUAUAGAGAAAAAUAAGUAAAUAGUUAUAAAAGAAAAUAUUCUUAGUAUAAAAACCAACAAACUGCUGAUAAGGUGCAGUUCCAGUGGAUAGAUGCACAUAUUCCUUGAAACUUUUAAUUUGAUAUUUAAUAAGUUAAAGGAUUAGUUCACUUUCAAAUGAAAGUUACCCCAAGCUUUACCCACCGUCAAGCCAUCCUAGGUAUAUAUGACUUUCUUCUUUCUGAUGAACACAAUCAGAGAAAUAUUAGUAAAUAUCUUGACGCAUCCGGGCUUUAUGAUGGCAGUGAGCGGGAUCAACAAGUAUGAGCUGAAGAAAGUGCUUCCAUCCACAUCCGUCCAUCAUAAACACAUUCCACACGGCUCCGGGGGGUUAAUAAAGGUCUUCUGAAGUGAAGCGAUGCAUUUGUGUAAUAAAUAUUCAUAUUUAACAAGUUAUAAAAUAAAAUAUCUAGCUUCUGCCAGACCGGCUUUUGUAUUUAAAUACGAAAAAAAAAAAAAAAAAAAGAACUGGUGUCGUGUCAGUUAAUUUUUUUUUUUUUUUUUUUUUUCCCCGUAAGUAGAAUAGGGAAGGCGUAGGACGUAGCUUAAGCGUUUUGAACUGUGAAAGUUUUACACUUUCUUCGUAAGUUGAAUACGGAAGGCAGUCUGGCGGAAGCUUGGUAUUUUACUUCAUAACUUGUAAAAUAUGGAUUUUUUUUUUUUUUUUUUUUACAAAAAUGCAUCGCUUCGCUUCAGAAGCCCUCUAUUAACCCCCCGGAGCAGUGUGGAAUAAGUUUAUGAUGGAUGGAUGUCGAUGGACUUUGAUUACUGCCCUUAUAAAGCUCGGAUGCGUCAGGAUAUUUAUUAAUAUUUCUCCGAUUGUGUUCAUCAGAAAGAAGAAGUCAUACACCUAGGAUAGCUUGAGGGUGAGUAAAGCUUGGGCUAAUUUUCAUUUGAAAGGAAACUAAUCCUUUAAAUAAACAAAGAAAUACCCAAGAGAAAAUAUCAGUUUCAUUCAGAAUUCAACCCUUGUUUGUUUGUUGGUUGGUUUGUUUUUGUGAAACCUGUCACAUUAACGGUUGUACUGCACAUUUAUAGACUACCAGAAUGUCUGUCUCAAGUGUUUGGUCAGUGAUCAUAAAUCCCCAUUAUUGUUGUAAAUUUGAAUUACAGAAAGACAGCAAUGUGCUUUUAAUAAACAAAUCUGAUCAACAUUC